UUUCUGUUGUUAAAAGAAAAAACAGUUCGGUCUUUCUGGUCCGACGAGGGAGAAGGGGAAGUAACAGCCGGCGGCGAUGGCGUCGGAGGAGGAUGUGGCGGUGAAGGAGCCCCUGGAUCUGAUACGGCUCAGCCUAGACGAGCGCAUCUACGUCAAGCUCCGCUCCGAGCGCGAGCUCCGCGGCAAGCUCCAUGCGUAUGAUCAACAUCUUAAUAUGAUACUUGGAGAUGUAGAAGAGAUAGUGACUUCUGUAGAAAUUGACGAUGAGACUUAUGAGGAAAUUGUUCGUACUACCAAACGCACCGUCCCCUACCUUUUUGUCCGAGGAGAUGGCGUGAUACUGGUUUCUCCGCCCCUUCGAACUGCAUGAAGCUGGAGAGGAGCAUCAGCCGUUCUGGAGCAGCUUACAGGUUUCCUGGAGUUCACUACCAGUGGCACCUGAUUCCUUAGAAGACGCUGCGUAGGCUAGCCUGGAGCCCAGUACACAACGAAAGAACCCUGUGCCCAAUAUGUAUAUUUUGUAAAUCGCUGUGAUUCUGGCUCCUGUUCAUACCUUUGACCAUAUGGUUGAUGAAAAGUUGAGUUAAUCAUCCAUUCUCGACA